CCAGAGAUCCGGAUUCUUCUGAUUGGCAGAUAUGGUUCUGGCCAAAGCUCAUCUGGGAACACUAUACUGGGAGAAAAGAGGUUUAAAGUUAAGAGGCAUGAAACUGAAAUUUGUGAGGAUAAAACACAGAUUGGAGAAAAGCGGGUGUAUGUGAUUAAUUCUCCAGAUCUACUGGAUCCAGAUCUGUCUGAAGAGAAGCUGGAGGAACUGAAAGAGCAGCUGGUCUCUCGCUGUUCAGCAGGUCUCAGUGCAGUUCUGCUCACCAUUCCUCUAGAGCAGCCUGUGCAAAAUGAGGAAGAGAUCCUGGAUUAUAUUAAAGAUUUACUUGGUCCUAAAGUUCAGAAAUACAUGAUGGUCCUUUUCACUCGUGGAGAUGAACUGGAGGAUCUGGAUGAACCACAGACCAUUGAGGAAUAUCUACAAAGCAAAGACCAUGCAGAUCUCCAG